AUGGAAAGCCAGCCUGAAAAGGCUCAAAAUGACCAAGUUGCUCGUAUCAUAUGGGCAGCCCAUAUCCUCUCUUUUCUUACCACUGCUAAUCAAGGGCAUAAAAGCGAUGCUGAGCUCCAGAAAGCCAACGCGACAGAAGAAGAGUUUGAAGACUUCGAACUGGAAACUUCAACAAAAAAUGCUACUCUUCUCACGACUGGCAAUGAAUCCGUUCAGAAGAAGUUCCUUGACUGUAUAGCACAGUUAUUCUCCCCUCAGAAAGGAUGGCACGGCGUAACACCGGCGGCGCUUCGGGAGUAUGAAGACUCCGUCGAGAUAGAUAUUGCGCGAAACGAUACUUGGAAAAAAGGAACGCAAUGGGAUCAGGAGGCUCUGAAUCUUUGCAAACGCUUGGAGGGGUAUCUCAGUGCCACUUCUGAGAAAGAUGAACCAUUCAAACAACUCAAGAAUGAUUGUGAAGAGGAUGCUAUCACGUACAGUCGUGAGCGAGUCGAUCACUGGAUUGAAACCCUUCGGUCAACCUUGAAGAAUAAUAUGCAUGACCUUCGAUAUCAGCACUCCGUAGAAGUCUGCCUGCGAUCAGACACUGGAACAAAAUGGUUGAUCUUCUUCGGCAGCGCGACCAAGAUGGUGUCAAUAAAGCAAGUUAAGGUCUUCAAUAGUGACAACUUCACCCCGUCGAUGAGCUUCAAGCUUUCAAACUGUCUCCGCUUCAUUGCCAGGCCAAUAACAGACUGUCAACUUCUACUAUCAAUAGCAGAGCGGGAGCAACAGUUUCAACAAAUUCAGAUCUCUUUAAUCACUCCCGAGGAAAUGUCCAAGCUGGACAGUACUUACUGUGUCGGACUGGAAGAUGCUUUUUCUCAACUGGGGCUGGAUAAACCAUCAACUUUCAGAAAAUGCGAUAUAGCAAAGUCCUUUGGUAGGAAAUUUGAGAAGGUCUGCAAAAAAGCAUCGUGGGGGCCCUUCUCGUUGCACGCCGAGAUGCAGCUCAUAUCACACUAUGACGUGAACAAAGCAUCUCCUCCAACAUUUCAUUACUUUGGAUGCAGCAAGAAGACCUGCCUUCUAUGCGAGACAUUUCUCAGUUCUCUUCCUGUGCCCAUUAAUACUCGGGGAAGACACGGUAUCUGUUAUCCUACCUGGGGCCUGCCAUCCUUAAAGUCAGCUAAAGCACUGAUUGCAGCAAAAUCCAUGGAAGAAAGUCUAGUAUCACGCAUCAAAUCCAUUCUUCAGGUUUUGGAACGCGGUGACAAGCCCAGAUUUCUUAAUCAGAUCGCCCAGUCCGGCAUUGUUUCAGAUUUCUCUGAAACGACUCUAGAUGGCUGGAAACAACGAGAGCAAAUCCUUACCACACUGAAAGCACAAUCCGAAGCUCGAAGACGCGAUUUCUCGCUCACUCACCAAUCGACACAUCCCCGGGAGAGUAUGGAUAUUCGUGCUCCUACCUCGAUUAGAGGAGUAAAGAUAUGCUGUCAAGGAGAACCGGGACUUCAUGGAACAGACUGGCUCAUUUCUGUUGAUUUUGACAGAUCUUCUCUCAGACCAGGAGAAAUAUCACCUAUUUCGGAGCGCCUUGGAAUGCCAAUCAGGCUCUGGAAAGGUCCAGAUCAUGAAUUCUUUGCGAAUCCGCCUGGGUGGGAAAAUAACUGUUAUGCCGAUAGUAAUGCGAAUGCCGCUGCUUUGAUGAUGGAAAUGGAUCUUCGAUCAUCGAACUGGGGCUGGGCGCCUUUUUAUUGGACCAGCGAAAUUGACAACGUCUACGCUGUUCGUGAGGACGGGUUUGAUCUUGAUAUCGGUGUUGUCGAAAUGAUGUGUUACUUUGCUAGAAGUGAGAUCAUGGAGAUUAUGCUGGAGAAUGCCGUUUGCUCUCCAGAUUUACAAGACAAGCAGAAAGUCUUAGAUUACAUUACGUGGGAGAAUAUGUUCCGCGACUGGAAGAUGUUCGAUAAGAAAGCAAUGGAUGGAUAUUGGAAGAAUGAUGAAUGCUCAAACUAA